AUGGAUCCAAGUGUCAAACUAUUAUCCAAUCAGAGGGAGCCUCUAUCUGACUUAGGAAGGUAUAGGAGAUUGGUUGGAAAGUUGAAUUAUCUCACAGUCACUCGUCCAGAAAUUUCUUUUGCAGUUAGAGUGGUAAGUCAGUUCUCAAGCUCCCCUUGUCAGGAACACAUGGAUGCUGUUAUCCGGAUUCUGAGAUACAUCAAACGUGCUCCAGGAAAAGGUCCAAUGUAUGAAAAUAAAGGACAUACUCAGAUAAUUGGAUACUCCGAUGCUGAUUGGGCAGGAUCACCCAUUGAUAGACAAUCCAACUCUGGGUAUUGUGUACUUGUUGGAGGAAAUCUUAUAUCCUGGAAAAGUAGGAAACAAAACGUAGUCGCAAGAUCAAGCGCCGAGGCAGAGUAUAAGGCCAUGGCAAUGGCAACAUAUGAAAUUAUUUAG